UAGCUCCAGCUCCAAUCCAUGCCUUUAAACUCCAUUCCUCAUUCCCUCAACCAAACAAAACCUUCUCCCUCUUUCCAAACCUACCUCCCGCUCCUCCAUCCCGCUCACUCAUCCGCCACAAUAAACUCUCCAUUCGCGCCGUCAGCUCCGGCGGCGCCGGAGGAAAAUUCGCCGAAGAUGCAGCUCUCUCUUCCAACGGCCCUCCCCCUCCCGCCGUCCGAUCAAAGGUUAGGCGGCACACGAUUUCGGUCUUCGUUGGUGACGAGAGCGGAAUGAUUAACAGAAUUGCGGGGGUUUUCGCGCGAAGAGGUUACAACAUCGAGUCUCUCGCAGUUGGUCUCAACGAGGACAAGGCGCUCUUCACCAUCGUCGUCUCCGGCACCGAUAGGGUGCUCCGGCAAGUCGUGGAGCAGCUCCACAAGCUCGUCAAUGUAUUAAAGGUUGAAGAUCUUUCGAAUGAGCCACAGGUGGAACGUGAAUUAAUGCUCAUAAAAGUGAAAUCCGAUCCCAAAUACUAUAAUGAGAUAAAGUGGUUUGUGGACAUCUUCAGAGCUAAGGUCGUGGAUACCUCGGAACAUUCUGUGACGAUUGAGGUCACUGGAGAUCCAGGGAAGCUCGUUGCAUUUGAAAGAAAUCUAAGCAAGUUUGGAAUUAAAGAAAUAGCUAGAACCGGAAAGAUUGCUUUGAGAAGGGAGAAGUUGGGUGCCUCUGCUCCAUUUUGGCGGUUUUCAGCUGCUUCUUAUCCGGAUCUUGAAGUAAAACCAGUUGUUAAUGCCCUUGAGGCAGCCAAAACUAGCAAUCCUAUUACCAACACUGAUACACCUGUGGGGGGUGAUGUUUAUCCUUCAGAGCCUUCAGAUGGCUUUAUAGUCAAGCAAGUACUUGAUGCUCACUGGGGUGUUCUCAAUGAUGAUGAUACCACUGGAAUUCAAUCGCACACUUUAUCCAUCCUUGUGAAUGAUUCUCCUGGAGUUCUCAACUUAGUCACAGGGGUUUUUGCUAGAAGGGGAUACAACAUUCAGAGUUUAGCUGUGGGACAUGCGGAAGUUGAAGGACUUUCUAGAAUUACAACUGUGGUUCCAGGGACAGAUGAGUCAAUCGGCAAGUUGGUGCAGCAACUGUAUAAGCUAGUAGAACUGCAUGAGGUUCAUGAUCUCACCCACUUGCCAUUUGCUGAGCGAGAAUUGAUGCUGAUAAAGAUUGCUGUCAAUACUGCUGCACGACGUGAUGUCCUCGAUAUCGCCACCAUUUUUAGGGCUAAAGCCGUUGAUGUAUCUGAUCAUACAGUAACCCUUGAGGUUACUGGAGAUCUGGACAAAAUGGUGGCGUUGCAGAGAACGUUGGAACCGUAUGGGAUUUGUGAGGUGGCACGAACUGGGCGCAUAGCACUGGUGCGCGAGUCAGGGGUAGACUCCAAAUACUUGCGUGGAUAUUCCUUUCCCUUGUAAAUUGUAAUUGUUUAAACUGCGUUGAACCUUGUGUUUUUCACCUUCUAAGUUCGGCAUGUUUGUUCUUGACUAGAAAUUUUGACGGUAACUAGUAAUUUCAAAGCUGCACUUCUCUUUGGUCA